UUAACGACUUCCUUUUUAAUAAUUAACAUGUUGUUAUUUUGCUUAUGUCGUCUUCAGAAAAUAUUUAGCAGAUUAUAAGAAGAUGGCCGGUGCUUCUUCAAACCCGAAUAAUUUAAAGGAUUUUUAUCAUAAUUUUAGUAAACGUUUUAGACGAAAUCAAAUACGCCGAAGUAAUACGCAUGGAAUCGACAUCUCCACAAAUCAACAAAACAAUGGAGAACACUCUCAAUGUGAUAACCUAGGAAUCUUAACUGAUAAGCCAAAAAACAGCCGAUAUGUGACGCUUAAAUCUCGAAUUGGAUCAUUUGUGAAUUGGCCUGAGAAUAAAACACAGGAUAAAAAUCAACUUGCAGCAGCUGGUUUCGCUUAUACGGGUAUGAAUGACUUAGUAAGGUGUUUCUAUUGUAGUAUAGGUCUAAGCGACUGGCAAGAAGGUGCCUGUCCCUGGAAACAACAUAGUCUGGCGAGUCCCGCUUGCGGUCAUGUGAUUCAAUGCAAAGGUAAAGGAUAUAUUAGAAGAAUUCUAGGUGAACACAGUCAAGAUUCCGAAGAUGAAGUAGACGAUUCAGCUGAUUUUGUGGACACCGUGCAAUUAGCUAUAGCUAGGAACAAGGAUGCAGUUAGUGCUGCCAGGGAAUUUUGUACAGACGAAGAUAACAUAAAACAAGCUAUAGAAACACUAUUAAGAAAAGACUUACGGAGGAAUUUUUCAGCAGUUGAACUCGUGGAAACCAUACAAGAAAUUAAAGAGAGAAGUGUAAAGACAAAUCAAACCGAACAAUUUCCUGGUGAUGAAGCGCUAAAUGAUAUUGAAACAGACGGAGACUCUUCAGAAUCAGAGGAGGAUAUUGAAGAAAGUAAUAGAAAGUUAAAAGAUCCAGUAAUUUGUAAAAUAUGUUUUGAUGCAAUUGCAUGUAUUAUUACUCUACCAUGUGGACAUAUGAUUUGUUGCAGUCAAUGUAUUUCAGCAUUCACAACAUGUGCAAUUUGCAGGGCACAAAUAAAAGGCACUGUCCGAGCUCGUAUGGCUGUAUAGUAUUUCUAACAUCAUUUAUUGACCAAUGAAAUGUGAUUCAAAGUAAAGGUAAAGGAUUUAUAAGAAAUAUUCUAGGAGAACAAAGUCAAGAUGAAGAAGUUGACGAUUCAGCUGAUAUUGUGGGCACUGUGCAGUUAGCUAUCCUAAGGAACGAGGAGUCUGUCGUUGCUGCAAGGGAAUAUUGUACGGAUGAUAAUAUCUUCACAAGUGCUAUACAAUCAUUGAUAAGGAAGGACAAACACAAAAAGUUUUCAGUAGUUGAACUUGUGAAAACCGCGGAAGAAAUUAAAGAAAGAAUUGUAAAUACAAAUCAAAAAACACUUUCCUAGUGAUGAAGAGCUAAAUGCUGUUGAAACAGAUAAAGACUGUUUAAAACCAGAGGAGGAUAUUGAAGAAAUCAAUAGAAAGUUAAAAGAUCCAGUAACUUGUAAAAUAUGUUUUGAUGCAAUUGCAUGUAUUAUUACUCUACCCUAUUGUCAUAUGGUUUGUAGCAGUCAAUGUUUUCCAGCACUCACUAAAUGCGCAGAGCACAAAUAAAAGGCACUGUCCGAGCUCGUAUGACCGUAUAAUAAUGCUUUUUAUACAUCAUUCAUUGACCAAUGAAAUACCAUAUUUUGUAUUUGUGAGUGUCCUUUCUUCAUCAUCAUUUCAAGUUUUCGGUUGUUAACCAUCGAUGAACAAUGUAACAAAUGAACCAAACUCGUACUUGUUUUUUUCUGACUCGAGUAGUAUAUAUGAAUAAUAAAUUCAAACUGACAGACACAUUACUAUUUUCUUAUUAUAUAUAUUUUUAUACAUCAAACUGGCAGUCCUAAUUAAUUGAUUAUUUGCUGCUAUAAUAAUUAAGACCAACAACGGACAAAAAACGAUAAAAUAAUUCACAGUUUUGCGUCUAAAGAAGGAAUCAUUUAAAAAAUCACAAAAAUGUAUAUUUUAAAUAUAUUUUCAUACUUUGGUUAUCAAACUUAAACAGUGACACAUUCUUUAUUAAGCAGUAUACUUGUACGAAUUAAUAAAAUUCGAUUCGAUUAAUUUAACCUACUGCGUGACCGCGUACUAAUUUUAGACCAUAUUAUCUACGUAAUACGCAAACAGCUAUUCAUAGUAACCAAUUGUAAACAAAAUCAUUAAAACUAGGACUGAUAGGUAAAGUAGGCAUAUCGAAACUAAGAAUAACAUGUUUAUUUUAGAUCAUAUAUCUGUCGUUUUAACUUGUGAAUGGUCUAAAAUAAACAUACUCAUGAAUUAUGACAAUCUUAUCGCAUAUAGAUGACCGCAGUUUAUAAAUGAAAUUUCAAGAGUGAUAUUAAUAAACUUAUCUGUAACAAAUCUGCAUUGUAUCUGUGAUUUGGUUUAUACUUAAAGUUUUAUAUAAAGUAUUUAAAAUUUGAAAUAACAAAAACUAAUUAAAAUUACUGUGACUGUUUUAAGAAAAUCGGCUAAUAAUAACAUACUAUAAAUUUAGACAAAAAGCAUUGUGGAUGACCAUUUGAAUAAUUAGACAUUUAAUGAAGUUUCCAUUUUGAUUUUAACGACCAUUCAAUGUAGCUGUGUUUACUGGCAUUGAAAAUUAGAGGUAAGUGGUGAAAAUGUGUAACAAUGACUGCUUAAUCUAUGUGUAAAGCUGUAUAGUUUAGUUUGAAUCUGGCUAUGGAUCUUAGGCAAGGUCGCUGACUUCGAUUUUAGUUUUAAGUAGAGAGCUGUUUUUACUUAUUACAAUUACACAGAAUGUUCAUUGCAGGUGCCGAUAUAUGAGAGAAGAGUAUCAGUCUUUUUAGGCAUUAAUUGUAGAUUUAAAUCCCCAGUAUAACAUUUAAGGUAUGGUUUUAUUAUUUUUAAACAUGUUCUUUAAGUCUCUGUACCAUCUCUGACUAGUAUAUGAUGUGCCUGUUAUUUUCCUAAUUAAAAUAUUUAUUUUA